GCCCACACAAUCGUGCCCAUGAAACCGGGGGCCACGGUUACUGAUCCGCUGGUUUCGAGCAGUACCCAGUUCAGAUCAAAGAAACGGACCCCACGAUCCCCUCAUCAUAUGAGCUGAGCCUCUUCUGCUGUCACCAUUUCAGUUUAUUCUGUUUUCUGCUGGCGCAUUGGCUGAUGCAGGGAGCUCCGGCCAUGGCGACAUCAGAAGACACUCUUGUUUAGUCCGAUUGGGAAUAUUAAACGAGUCCUCUUCAGGGGGUCUAAAUCCAGAUUCUGUACCUAGUUGGUGGUUGCGCACUCACUCACUCACUCACUCACUCUCAGUCAGCUAAGCUCCACUGGUAAUCUCUUCUUGCGGGCUCUCCUCUCCAGAGUAUUACCCAGUUCAGUAAUUAAUUCGUGAGUUGCUCAAUGGAAGUUAUUCUAGUCAUCUCACUCGUUUUGCUUCUUGUACUAGGAGCCAUCUUUGUUAUUCCAAAAUCCAACAACAAUGGUAAAGGGAAGGAAAUACAAUCACCAAACGGUGGAAUGAAAUUUAGGAGCUAUACAAAGAAAGAGGUAUCGACUCACAACACAAGGAAGGAUUGUUGGAUCAUAGUCAAGGACAAGGUGUAUGACGUAACCUCUUAUGUGGAGGAACAUCCAGGUGGUGAUGAAAUUCUAAACAAUGCCGGUGGUGAUUCAACAGAGGGAUUUUUGGGACCGCAACAUGGCUUUAGAGUCUUCGAGAUCAUCGAAGAUUUCUGCAUCGGCAAACUGAAGGACUGAUGAUGAUAGAGAUGAGAGGCUCAGGAAUCUCCCAAAUGUGAACCCUUGCGUUCCACGGAUGUUCCUUGAAGGAAUGAAACUGUCUCCUGCCUGUGAUGAGGACUGGCCCCAAGCUCUGUGGUUCUCAUUUCAUCUUUGACCUGGCACUCUUACUAGUAGCAGUGUUUGGACCAUAUGGACUAUAUUUAUGUGAGUUCAAUCUCAAUGUUUUCGUCGAUUUAUCUCUUUGAAAAGAUAUGUUUCCUUAGAUUUAUGGAACUUUCUCAGAUAAGACAACGAAAUGUGCCAACUUUUGUAUUUAUUGUUUCUACUACAAUGACAAUGAUAUGCAUUUUUUACUUGGUCCAA